AAAAGAAAACAAAUACGCUUUUAUUUUGAAGGUUCGCACCGGAAGCAGCAAUUGGUUAUCAUAACAAGUUAACAUCCUAGUACUUUUAACUCCCUGUCACCGGCUGUUAGUGGAGGGUUUUAACACAUCCAUCGCCUGUAUUUUCUUUCGUUGAACGCACAGCUAUGUGUAGCUGUGUGCGGGGCUCCAGGGCUCUGUCCCCCGUCCUACUCCCGAGGCUGCUGCCACAGGCGGGGUUCAGGUUGCCCGAGCGGGGCCUUUGGACCUCUCCCCAAUGUCUGGCUGUCAGCUCCCAGCCGCAACCCGUCCCCAGCCAAGCCCGGGUGGUGAUCUGUGGAGGUGGAAUCGUUGGAACCUCAGUGGCCUAUCACCUGGCCAAACUGGGUUGGACAGAUGUUGUGCUUCUUGAACAGGGCAGACUUGGUGCCGGAACAACCAGACUGUGUGCCGGCAUUGUUAGCAUGGCUAAGCCUAUUUCCAUAGAGUGUCAGAUGGCCAGUUACUCUGCUAGUCUUUACCAACGCCUGGAGAAGGAGACUGGGGUUAAAACAGGUUAUGUUAAAACAGGUUCUCUGUGUUUGGCACAAAAUCAAGACCGUUUGAUCUCCCUUAAGCGCCUCGCAUCAAGACUAAAGGUUUUAGGGAUCAGCUGCAGUAUCAUCAAACCUAAAGAGGUGGCCAAACUCCAGCCCCUUGUUAACAUUCAUGAUCUGGUGGGAGCGCUCCACCUGCCCUCUGAUGCUGUGGUUUCCUCUCCGGAUGUUAACCAUGCUCUGGCUGUGGCUGCUGCUGGACACGGAGUUCAAAUCUUGGAGCAAACGACAGUUCAGCAGGUUGUGGUGGAAAAAGGUCAUGUGACAGCGGUGGAGACUGACCGCGGCUCCAUUGAAUGUGAAUAUUUUGUCAACUGUGCCGGUCAGUGGGCGUAUGAGUUGGGUCAGGCCAGUGAGGUGAAGGUGUCGGUUCCCCUCCACGGCUGUGAACAUUUUUACCUUCUCACCAAACCUCUCCAGGAGCAAGUGUCACCCAACACGCCAGUGGUGAUUGAUAUGGAUGGCAGAAUAUAUGCAAGACCAUGGCAGGGGGGGAUUCUGUCUGGAGGCCUCGAGAAGAACCCCAAACCUAUCUUCACAGAGGGCCGCAACCAGCUGGAGAUCCAGAACAUGCAAGAGGACUGGGACCACUUUGAACCAAUCCUCAGCGCUCUGCUCAGGAGAAUGCCCAGUCUGGAUUUAGCUGAGAUCCAUCAACUUGUCAACUGUCCCGAGUCCUUCACUCCUGAUAUGCGCUGCCUGAUGGGCGAGACCCCCGGAGUGUCCGGCUACUAUGUGCUGGCAGGAAUGAACUCGUCAGGUCUGGCCUUCGCUGGAGGAGCCGGCAAGUAUCUGGCAGAGUGGAUGACCUAUGGUUACCCCACCGCCAACGUCUGGCCUCUGGACAUCAAACGCUUCGGCAACCUGCAAAGCAGCCGAACCUUUCUGCGGCACAGAGUGAUGGAAGUAAUGCCCCUUCUGUACGAGCUGAAGGUUCCUCGCUGGGACUUUCAAACUGGUCGUCAGCUGAGGACCAGUCCUCUGUAUGACCGCCUCGACACACAGGGCGCCCGCUGGAUGGAGAAACAUGGCUUUGAACGACCCAAAUACUUUAUUCCUCCUGGAAAAGAUCUGCUGUCUUUGGAUCAGAGUAAGACUUUCUACAAGCCUGACUGGUUCGACAUUGUUGGAGCAGAAGUCAAAUGCUGCAAAGAGGCGGUCUGUGUCAUUGACAUGUCCUCCUUCACAAAGUUUGAACUGACAUCAACGGGGGACCAAGCUCUGGAGCUGCUGCAGCAUCUGUGUGCCAAUGACCUGGACGUUCCUGUGGGACACAUUGUCCACACUGGAAUGCUGAAUGAGAGAGGGGGUUAUGAGAACGACUGCAGUGUGGUUCGCCUCAGCAAAAACAGCUUCUUCAUCAUCUCUCCAACAGACCAGCAAGUUCAUUGCUGGUCCUGGAUAAAGAAACAUAUGCCCAAUGAUCCGCACCUCCACCUGGAAGAUGUCAGCUGGAAGUACACAGCUCUAAACCUGAUUGGACCUCGGGCAAUGGACGUUCUGGCUGAGCUGUCGUAUGUUUCCAUGACGCCUGACCACUUUCCCUCCAUGUUCUGUAAGGAGAUGAGCGUGGGUUACGCCAACGGAAUCAGAGUGAUGAGUAUGACUCACACCGGAGAGCCAGGCUUCAUGCUCUACAUCCCCAUUGAGUACGCCCUGCAUGUGUACAACGAGGUGAUGUCGGUGGGUCAGAAGUACGGCAUCCGUAACGCAGGAUAUUACGCGCUGCGGAGCCUACGCAUCGAGAAAUUCUUCGCAUUCUGGGGUCAGGAUCUGGACGCCUUCACCACCCCGCUGGAAUGUGGACGGGAGUUCAGAGUGAAGUUUGAUAAGGACACUAACUUUCUUGGGCGAGAGGCAUUGUUGCAGCAGCGCCAGGAGGGGGUGUUCCGCCGCUUUGUCAUGCUGGUCCUUGAGGACCACGACACCGAGCUGGACUUAUGGCCGUGGUGGGGAGAGCCCAUCUACCGCAACGGUCAGCUGGCCGGAACGACCACCAGCAGCGCCUACAGCUACACGCUGGAACGCCACGUCUGCCUGGGCUUCGUGUCUCCCCCUCCAGACGAAGAGGGGCUCCCCAGACCCAUCACUCCUGACCUGAUCAACCGCGGCGACUAUGAGGUGGACAUCGCCGGUCAGCGCUAUCCCGCCAAAGCCAAGCUCUAUCCCUUCAGCUCCCUGUUUGCUCAACAAAAACGUCGUAAGGAUGACAUGGAGCUCAGCAACCUGCAGGGAAAGUGAGGCUCUUCCCUCCUUUUCACACUCCUCCACUCCAUCGCUCAGCUCCGCACAAAAGCCUGUAACACUCUUUGUCUCUCCAAGUUUUGCUGUCAAAAUUCUUCUAUUUAGGAAGCACAAAUGCUCGAGACUCCUUUAAGGCCACGUUCUCCACUCCAUCCCAACAGUCUGGCUCAAGUGCCUUUAUCCAGGCAAGAUCUACAUUAGCCGUUGCAGACUUUCUGAUGUGUGAAGAACUGAUUUACACCCACAGUCUCUAGAGGUGGUUUUCAAAAGCUCUGCGUAGUCUGAGGGAAAUGUCAGCGCUGAUGUGCAAACCCACACACGGUCCAUUUGCUGCUGCUGUACAGAAAGAAAGACUCAAUUCAGACACUAUACUCUUUGCACUGCUUCCAGCUUUGCAGCACCUGACAAUAAAAGGAAAGGAAUUCUUUCCAAAUCAGAGGAAAGGGCUCAAUAAUCCCAGAAGCCCAAUGAUUACCAAACUGGUGUUGUUUGUGCCAUUUAUGACACUCCUCCUCCUGAUGUUUAAAUGCAAAAAAACUCUAAACCAAUUCUCGAGGUCCGCUUUGAGCUGCUGUGUCGUACUGUUGUUCAGAGCUUCCUGGUGAUGUUUUUGCUCCAACAUUGCUUCUAUCUGUUAUUUAUGUUUUAUGAUCGUCCUGAAGCUUUGAUGCACUUUUUGAGGCUGAAGUUCAGUUUUUGAUGUCUUGUUUAAAUGUGCUGCUGAUGAACCAUCGAUGAGGGAAAAGUUCAGAUGUUAGUGUACAGGAUUUUGCUGCAAUUUCAAAUAAACAUUGUAUUUUUGUACAGUC